AGGCCAUAAUACAAAUUGCUUAAAUUGAAAUUAUGCAAAAAAGUUAAUACUCCCCCCCCAUAUCAGAGUCAUGAGGAUAUGCCGCCAAAUGAGAUGUAGGCAAUUUCGUUUAAGUUUGCCACCAACAUCUGGCCAAGCAAUCAAACAAAUUUUUUCCCAAAACUUCAGCAAUGUUCAUAAAUUGUGUAUACGCCGUGUGUUCAACAGAAAACAAUUGGACUUCUGGGAAUACCUUAAAAAAAGUUGACUUAAUAGAGACUAGUUAAUUUUGCAUUUCUUGUCAAAACAUCUUAAAGUAUGAUUCUGGCCAAAAAAUGCUGCUUCUGUUUGUCUCUGCAAAUGGGCUGUAUAAUGAUUGCAAUUUUCGAAAUAUUUUUGUCUGGCAUGAAUAUUGACUAUAUAUUCUUUCUGUUUAAUAACACUUAUAAACGAGAAGUCCAAUAUAAAUUCCCAGAAGCAGUGCUCUUUACUUCCCUACAACUGGUCACUGAUUUAUUGACCAUCGUGGCAUCGGUUUUGCUACUUUUCGCUAUAAUAACGCAAUAUUUUUGGCUGUUUUGGGCAACUCUGUCCCUUCAAGUCGUUCAGGGCGUAUAUCUUAUUUUAUUCAGUAUAAUUUCAGCUUCAAUCGGAUCAAAUUUAAUCGUAAAUAUCAGCUUUUGGCAUAAUAUAACCUAUUGGAUAUACGUGCUUAUCUGGCUGGCUUUAACAGCAUAUUUUUUGUACAUCAUUUUUUCGUGCUAUCGACAGCUUAAGGAAAGAGAGAGAGAAACUGAGAAUGUAAAUAACUUAUAGAUUGGUAUAACGUUAUGAUCGGAGCCACGCAUUUGCUUGCCGGUUUUUCUUUGUUUUAUUAUUUGCUGAGGGCAAGUUUAAAAAGCUAACUCAGGGAUA